UGUACGGUUAUACUUGUUACUUAUUAUGUCUAUAGUGAUAAAUAAUUCGAAGUAUGUAUCUUCGUCACAGCCAAAAGUGGAUAAAAUUGCUUACAGAAAAAUCAUAAAUAGAUUAUUAAUCGAAAAAAUAUGGGAUUUUCCAAUGUUCAAGGAGUUGGAAACCGAAACAAAAAUGCAGAUCAUCGAUGAAUUGCGAAAAGCCAGAGUAUAUAAUCAAAUAAUUGAAUUGAUGACUUUUAUAAAACCACGGGCGAUACAGAGAUUCAUAAGUUUGUUUGGUGAGUUGAUCUUAGCUGCUGUUGAAGGUGAAGGAUCGAACCUUCUCAUAGACGAUAUUAGAGAAGAUGUAAUGAUGCAGUUACAGAUGUUACAAGAACAACAGAAGCAGGUGCCACAGAAACCACCAUUCCAAGGAAUACAACAACCAUCACAGCAGCUGCAAUCGUUUGCCGAGAGAUUAAAACUAGCGCUCCAGGGACUACAAAAUCAACCUGUGUCGCAACAACCGUUCCAGGGAAUUCUUCAACAGCCGAUACAAGAUAAAAUACAUGAAUCUCUGAAAGCUCUUCAAGCAAUGCAGUCACCAGAACUACGAAACCAAUUUUCGUUAUCACCAUAUGUUACUCAGAAUCAACAAACACCGAAUCGGUUUUCACAAUUUCCCCAAAUACAGAACGUCCCACAGCUUCCAUAUGUUCCACGAUAGUCUAGUGCUUAUUAAAGUUUUCAUAAAGUGGGUGUUUUAUUAUAUUAAUCGUACUUUUUCAAUGUAAUAGGUAUGUUUAUAGAAUAGUAAAAGAAAAUAAAAGCUCAGAAUACCCAUUUGAUUUAUAUGCCGUCUCGGUGAGACCACUACGUCUUAUGCAAAAAAGAUAUUUUUAUUGCUCUUUUAUUGUACCCUCAGUCUUUCAGCCAAAUUGGGGCCAAACAGAGCGCAAAAAUACUCGAUCCCGAGCCAAAGCUUUCUUUAAUUAAGC